AUGGCUACUUCAACUUCGUCGUCAAGUUACUCUGCAUCCUCUUUAAUGAACAACAGCAACUCUACCACGACCGCUGCCUCCGAAAGUAACGUCCCAUUGGGGUUGAUAGUUACUGCAAGACAGAAAUACUACCCUAUUGAACUGUCCAAUUCUGAGUUGCUCUCGCAUUACGAAACUGUUCAAGAGUACCAAAAUGACAUAGCAGCGACUAUUAUCCAACAGUCGAACAAGUGCAACCCAUCGACAAAAUUGAUUAACCAGCAGCCGGAAUUGAACCCACUGUUCACGAGACACAUCACCAUUGGGUUUCUUUACAAACUGGCUCAAUUAACAAGAGUGACCAACGGCAUUUUCUUCCAAGCAACAAGAUUGUUCGAUAGGUACUGUUCCAAGAGGAUUGUCCUGCGAGACCAAAUAAAUUUGAUCUUGGGGACCUGCCUGUGGUUAGCAGCGAAAACGUUCGGUGGUUGCAACCACAUCAUCAACAACGUUGUGGUCCCCACCGGUGGGAGAUUUUACGGUCCAAACCCAAGGGCUAGAAUUCCAAGAUUGAACGAGUUGGUUUACUACUGCAACAACAACAUAAACGCAAACACAAACCCCGCGGAAAAUACUUUGGACGAAUCCAUGUUUUUACAGAUGGAGAGACACAUCUUGGAUACUUUGAACUGGGAAGUCUACGAACCCUCGUUUAACGAUUACCUAUUGAACGUCGACGAAAACUGCCUCAUCCAGUACGAACUAUACCAAAGACAAACUUUGGAAGCCCAUGGUAACAACAUGACCCCCCCCGCCGCGAACAGCAACGAUAGCGAGUUGAACGAUAAGAUCCAAUUGAUUCAUUUGAAGAAGUUCCUGAUGGACUUGACCAGUUGGCAGUAUGAGCUGUUGAAUUUCGAGUUGUUUGAGAUCACCUCCGCUUGCUUCGAUGUGAUCAAUAAAUUCACAAACGAACAUGAUCAAUCGUCUCUUCUAGAACUGGCACAACCUUCUCCAUUGAAACAAUACAAAGUUUUUAACAUCCUAAUAAACGCCAUUGUGAAUGCCCCUGAAAUUCUGCUGGACACGUACAAAGAGCAUUCCGGCAUAGUGACGUUCAUCAACAACGUCAAGUUGUACGUUCUACAAACCACGGCUGUAUCAAAGACACCAUCUUCAAACAACAGGAUCUCGAUCAACACCUCAAUGUUCGAAACCUCUUCGCCAUCUUCAACUUCAUCGAUCCCAUCUCCAAUCUACUCUGCCAACAGUACAACCCCAUUGAGGAAUGUCAGCGGACACUCGGACAACUCCAUAUUUAGUACGAUCAUAGAUACAAACUCACCAAUUACACCAUCGCUGUACCAUAAAAACGAGUCCGCUUGGGAUAGUACUUUGAGUGUCAUCUCCAACAAAAGACAACACUCUGAACAAAACAAGGAAAACAUCAUGCCUCCAAGAAGCAAGUUUCUCAACACGGGAUCGAAUAACAGCUCGAAAACUUCGCUGAUCUCGUUAACAAUAGGACAAGGUCUUUGA